AUGAAGUUGCCAUCCAUAACCGCCGUUGCUUGGUCUCUCUUGUCUCUACACGCCGGAUACACCUUCGCCGCAGAUGUUCUCAAAAAUAACGGGUUCACCACUUGUCUCGAUAACAGCGAUAUCAAAGUUGAACGGCUAUCCUUUGUGCUUAACCGCGCAUCCAAAACCGCGACAUAUGACGUCUCGGGAACAAAUUCCAAGGAGCAGAAUGUGACGGCAACUAUCACCAUCGAUGCAUAUGGACAAAUAUUCACACAACACCUUGAUCCGUGUGAUUCAAACUCGUUUGUGGAGCAACUUUGCCCUGUGCCUGCCGGCACUUUUAGCGCCAAGGGUCAGCAAGCGAUCUCAGAUAAGUUUGCAGAGAAGAUUCCAGCCAUCGCCUUUGCUGUGCCAGAUUUGGAAGCACAAGCUACAGUCAAGUUAAACGCAAAAGAUGGCGGCGCCGAACUCACCUGUGUCCAAUCCAUUGUUGGGAACGGCCACUCUUUGAGUACUCCCAUGGUUUCAUAUGUGGCUGUCGGUAUUUCAGGAGCGGCUCUGGUCGUCUCUGGUGCCAGCGCCGCUGUCGGUGCCGCCCAUCCAGGGGCCCCUGGCGCGAGUCCAUCAUUUGGCCAAGUUAUCGGGGUUUUCCAGGCUAUUUCAAUGAACGGGAUGCUCAGUGUAGACUAUCCUGCCGUUUACCGAAGUUUUACCAAGAAUUUUGGCUUCAGCAUGGGCCUUAUUCCUUGGACUCAGAUGCAGAUAUCCAUCGAUAACUUUCGAAACUCCACGGGCGGAAACCUCACUGAAAACAGCGUUUCGUUUCUUCGGAAUUCCACCCAAAUGCUUGAAGGUGGCAAUGCUACUACGGGGAAACGCUCACUUGAUCUGAUGAUCCGCGAAAUUCAGCCACUCGGUCAAGAUAUACAACAGGCCGCCAACAACACAGUCAGUGGGAUGAAGAAGGCCAUCGAACAGCUCUCCAUUCCAGCAGCCAACACGUUUAUGACGGUUCUUCUGGUUUUCGCUAUUGUUAUUGCCGCCAUUGCUGCUGGAAUAUUACUAGGAAAGGUAAUCCUAGAAGUCUGGGCACUUUACGGCACCUUUCCAAACCGCCUGUCUAACUUCCGAGAACACUACUGGGGUUUCCUUGCCCGGACUAUCACCAAUUUGAUCCUUGUCCUUUAUGGAAUCUGGACGCUGUACUGCAUCUUCCAAUUCACACGCGGAGACUCAUGGGCAGCAAAAACACUUGCAGCAGUGACCCUCGCUAUCUUCACUGGUGUUCUAGGAUACUUUACUUUCCGCAUUUGGUCCCUUGCCCGACGCCUCAAGAAGACUGAAGGGACCGCAUCAGCUCUAUAUGAAGACAAGGAGGCAUGGCGCAAGUACAGUCUCUUCUAUGACCAUUAUAAGAAGGAUUACUGGUGGCUCUUCGUGCCAGUUAUUGUCUACCUCUUUGCGCGUGGUUGUAUAAUUGCUGGCGGAGAUGGCCAUGGUCUCGUACAAUCUGCUGGACAGUUCAUCGUGGAAGCGCUUAUGCUCAUUCUUUUGCUAUGGACCAGGCCAUUUGAAACCAAAUCUGGUCAAUGGAUCAACAUAUCCAUCCAGGUUGUCAGAGUGCUGUCUAUCGGAUGCAUCAUCGUCUUUGUUGAUGAGUUUGGCAUCUCGAAGACAACCAAGACUGUGACCGGUGUUGCCCUCGUCGCAGUUCAAACAACAUUGGCGGUGGUCCUAGGCAUUCUUAUACUUAUCAAUGGUAUAAUGACUCUCUUCGGCAAAAAUCCACAUGAGCAGCGCCAUAAAGAAAAGGGAAAUCUUGACCGAGACCUAGAUGCUCUUACCCCACUAGACCCUCGUGAUUCAAUUCUGCUCAAGUCCAAGUCUCCGGCAUAUGGACAUGACGAAGAAGCUGGCAAGCUAAACCUUGUCUCCCGCUAUGAGCCUUAUCAAGAUGCACCACAGACCAAAUACAAGCAUGCCCACAGCGAAAGCGUGACCCCAUUAGUUCACCAGCGUGGUGUUAGCCCUGAAAGGCCUCGAAGCGCCGGGAGCGAUAUAUCCUUUAACGACCACCCGCACCAACAGAAUCGGUCCCUGUUACGCUAA